AUGAGUACAGAAAAUAAAGUAAAAAGGGUGCGAGCCCCUAACUGGGAAACUGUGGAAAAGAAGCUGUUGAGGGAGGUAUUGGCGGACUACGUCGAUAUAAUAGAAGACAAAUGUACAGACACAAAUACAAAUAAACGGAAAUAUCAUGCUUGGCAGAAGGUGUAUGAAAGGUUCAAUGAGCUCAACGUAAGACAACGGGCAUUAGUGGAGCUAAAACAACAGUGGCGAAUGAGUAAAGUGGAUGCCAAAAAAAUAAUGAGUGAACACCGCAUGCCAAAAACAAAACUGGUGGUGGCAGCAGACCAUCGAGUCCAGAUGAAGACACCAUUAACUUGGUAA